AAAGAUGGAUGAUGGGACUAUUAAGCCUUCCUUUGCAAAUUUGAUGGACACAUAUUUUGCCCUAAAAUUGCAACUACAAACCAAACGGAACUCCUUCCUUUUCUUUCCUUUCUUUUCAUUUCAAUUUCCAUAUCUAUUAUUGCUCCUCAAUGGCUUCUCAAAUCUCCUUCUUCCCCUUGAAUACUGGAGCUAACAUCCCUUCCCUUGGACUCGGAACUUGGCAGGCAACUGGAGAUCUCCUCACUAACGCCAUUGCUGCCGCCCUCAAGAUUGGUUAUCGCCAUAUUGAUUGUGCUCAACUGUAUGGAAACGAGAAAGAGAUUGGCUCAGUUCUCAAAAAACUUUUUGAAGAAGGUAUCGUUAAGCGCGAGGAUUUGUGGAUCACUUCCAAACUCUGGUGUACUGAUCAUGCUCCAGAAGAUGUACCUAAAGCACUGGACAGAACCUUGAAAAAUUUACAGCUUGAUUAUCUUGAUCUCUACCUUAUGCAUUGGCCAGUUCGGAUGAAGCAUGGAUCUACUGGCUUUGCCCCAGAAAACUUUGUUACGCCAGACAUACCAAGCACAUGGAGAGCCAUGGAAGCACUCUUUGAUUCUGGAAAAGCCCGAGCUAUUGGUGUGAGCAAUUUCACCAUCAAGAAACUUGGAGAUUUGCUCGAGGUAGCUCGCGUUCCUCCUUCUGUUAAUCAGGUGGAGUGUCACCCAUCGUGGCAGCAGGACAAAUUACGUGAAUAUUGUAAAUCAAAAGGAGUUCAUCUAAGUGGAUACUCUCCAUUGGGUUCAUUUGGAACAACUCGGCCGUUCAAGGGUGGUGAUAUUCUUCAAAAUCCAAUUCUUAAAGAUAUUGGUGAUAAACUUGGGAAGACUCCUGCACAAGUUGCCCUUCGUUGGGGACUACAAAAGGGUCAUAGUGUGCUCCCGAAAAGUACUUCUGAACUGAGGAUCAAAGAAAAUUUCGACAUUUUCAAUUGGUCGAUACCUGAAGAUUUGUUUGCCAAGAUUUCUGAGUUCCAUCAAGAAAAGGUUGUUAGAGGACAAUUGUUUACAAAUGAGAACUAUGUGUACCGGACGGUUGAGGAAUUGUGGGAUGGAGAGAUCUAAAGGUGUUUGCUAAUAUAAUAAUAUCAUUUGAAGAUUUGAAGAUUUGAAGCAGAAUCUCCUUCGUGGUGUUUGGGUACAAUAAUGGUUAUGUAUGAAAAUAAUAAUUCAAGUUUUCAAGUAAUAAUUGUGGGAACUAAAAUUUUAUCAUUUGUAUUGUAUUGGGUCUUCCUUGUAGAUGGUGUGGUCUUUAGAGUAUAUGUUUGGAGAUGCCUUACAAGUUGAGUAUGUUGGGGAAUACAUCCAUUACUGUGGUGGAGGGGAAGUAGAGGCACUGGUACAUUCUUUUUCCUCCCAAGUAGAGAUUCUGAGAUUGUACCCCUAACAUGGAAUUGAAGGUGAACAAUUACUGUGGCUUAAUGUUUGAGUAUGUUGGAAAAAUCGUUGGGAUGCUGAAAAAAUCAUCGGUUCUGACGAUUAUGACUUCUCCAUCAAACCGAGUGGUGAGAAGUAAUAGAAGAAUUAUUGAAGAACAUAGAUUUUCAAUUGAAGAACUCAAGUUGCACAACUCUAUA